CCUCAUCAUAACAAGUUAAGUGUUAAACCUUACAAGAUAUUAAGCUCAAAUACAAAAUGGCAGAAGAUCUCUACAUGGAUUUUGAUAGUGACUUGACGUUCCACUUGAACAUGGAUCUGGAUACAGACCUAAAUUUUGAUGUGGACAUGGAGUUCUAUGACGACGAAACCGAAAGACAACGAGAAGAAACAAUAAAACGUGACAUACAGCACAGCUCUUCGAAACCUCUCCUCCAAUAUCACCUUUUUGUAUAUCGAAAGGAACUAAGACGGCGUAAAAUGAAUCGCUUACAUCUAACGAAGACGAAAAUUGAUCUCACUGGAGGCCUGCUGAUAAAUUGUGAAGGCAAGAUAUGUGAUUUUUCUCCCCAAGAUAUCGACGCCUUCACACGACAGGUGGAUUUCAAGGAUCGUUUGGUGCAGCAGCAUUCGGCAUUAUACGCCGACAUCGACGAAGUAGUUGAGAAGGACGUGGAAGGCAAACUCAUUUUGAAGUGUAACGUAGCGUGAAUGUUAUMUAACUAYUACUAUUGGAGUUAUAGGCCUAAACUAUUUGMUCUGUAAUAUUUUGUUUUUAUUUAGGCAAAUUAGUAAUAAGUUCUUGAUAUUAUAUUACAAAUAUUAUCUAUGUACACAAGUAAAAUUUUAUUAAGAUAUAAUUUAAAAUUUUAUAAGUAAGAUCGCGAAAUCCUCAGAUGACUCAGAGCAUUCUUCUGAUGCGUUCCGCGAUUAACUGUUUUAUCAAAGUUUAAAAACUGAACUAUAUAAA